GAACAGACACGUAUCAUCAAGCACAGAGGUAGAAGAAUCAAAAACAAAGAUACAGACACGCAGGCUACAUGGACAAAACUGUUCAGACAGGGAACAUCAAACUUUGAGCAUUUACUUAAAGGGGUCACAGUGAUUUUUUUUUUUUCUCAAAUGGAUGAGGAGGAAACAGCUCCCCUUGUCAACAGAGAUCGGAUGGGCAGCCACAGGUCAAGUUCUGGGCCUGGCCUCCAGGUCCAUCUCUACUAUAGCCCUGCUCAAAGGGAUGAAGUAACAUUUUGGAUAGGAGCUGGGCAGGUAUCUGCAGAGGAAGUCUGCUUUAUUGCAGCGAAAGAAUGUGGAAUUUUGCCUGUAUACCACAGUCUGUUUGCCCUGGCUUCUGAAGAUCUUUCUUAUUGGUUUCCACCAAGCCAUGUAUUCAAUGUGGAUGAAUAUUUAAGCCUCACUGUUCACUAUCGAGUCAGAUUUUUCUUUUUAAACUGGUUUGGACAGGGGAGCAGAAAAACCUGCCGCUACUCUCUUGCCAGAAGUCAAAUCACUGCAGUACUGGACUACUGUGUCAUUGAUUAUCUCUUUUCUCAGUCACGCAGUGACUUUGUGAAUGGGCAUGCAGGGGUCUCACCUUCACUCAGCGCUAAAGAGGAGUGCCUUGGUAUGGCAGUGCUGGACCUGUGGCGACAAGCCAAGGAGUGUAACCAAAGCCUGAAGGAAGUCUGCAAAAAAGUCAGUUACAAGUCCUGUCUGCCUGAAAGCCACAGACAAGACAUUCAGCAGCUCAACCGUCUUGCCCGCUAUCGCAUUCGAAAGACUUUAAAGCACUUCCUGAACAAAUUGGGACGUUGCCCAGCAGUAGGGUACAGCCUUAAACUAAAGUACCUGAUGGAGCUGGCAGGGGUGGAGCCCCGGUAUGGCACAGAGAGCUUCCAUGUGCAGAAUCCUGGGCGGGGAGCACAGACUGAGGGGCCCUGGUGUAAAGUCCUGCAGGUGUCUGGAGAGAGUGGCAUACAGACCAGAACCACUGACACCCUGGAAUGGCAGACCUUCUGUGAUUUCCCUGAGGUAACAGAGAUUAGCAUCAAGCAAGCCUACCGAGAACAAGUGCCUUUGGAGAGUAGAGUUGUCACAGUGACCCGACAGGAUGACAGAUGUUUGGAAGCUGAAUUUCAAACACUCGCAGAAGCUCUAUCAUUUGUUGCUCUUAUUGAUGGCUACUUCAGGCUGACCACCGACUCAAGUCAUUAUUUCUGUCAGGAGGUUGCUCCUCCCAGCCUGCUCCAAGACAUUGAGAGCAAAUGUCAUGGACCAAUCACGUCAGAAUGUGCUACCCACAAGCUGAAGAAGUCAGGUGCGAAAAGUGGCUUGUUCCUUCUUCGAAGAAGUCCUCAGGACUUUCACAAGUAUUUCCUCACUGUCUGUGUUCAGACAUCACUCGGGAUGGACUAUAAGGACUGCCUGAUUGUUAAAGACAAAGGGUUCUGUCUCUCCGGAGUCCAUAGUUCUUUCCAUACUUUGAUGGAACUUGUUGAAUUUUACCAAGAAAAUGAGCUCCUGCUGGCAGAAGUACCUAUAAAGUUGGGAAGAUGCUGUCCUCCACGACCAAACGAGCUCACAAACUUGAUUAUAAUGCGCAACAGCUGCUCAAUAGAGGCCUUGGGUUCACCGACUAUGCAGAGACGUAAGGCCAGUCAUGUCCAGUUUCAGAUGAUCAGACAUGAAGACCUCAGACUGGAGGAAAGUCUAGGGCGAGGAUCUUUCACACGGAUUUUCAAGGGUUCAAAAACUGAUAUUCGUGAGGGGGAAAGACAAAAUACAGACGUUCUCCUGAAAGUCUUGGAUGGCAGUUAUAAAAACUGUUGGGAGUCAUUCUUUGAAGCUGCCAGCCUGAUGAGUCAGAUUUCACACAAGCACCUGCUCUUGGUCUAUGGGAUAAGUGUCCACAGAUCAGAGAAUAUCAUGGUGCAGGAGUUUGUGAAGUACGGUGCCCUGGAUUUAUUCCUCAGGAAAAAACAAGGAUCUGUUCCUGUCAGCUGGAAACUUGACGUUGCCAAACAGCUAGCCUGUGUCUUAAAUUUUUUGGAGGAAAAAAAGAUUGUUCAUGGAAACAUAUCUGCUAAAAAUCUACUGCUAGCCAGAGAAGGCGAUUCAUCUAUUGGCACUUCCCCCUUCAUCAAGCUAAGCGACCCUGGCAUCAGUGUAGCAGUGACUGGCAGAGAUGUGGCCCUGGACAGGAUCCCAUGGGUGGCACCAGAAGUGCUGGAGGCACCAGAGACUUGGGGGAUGGAAUGUGACAAGUGGAGUUUUGGUACCACCCUCUGGGAGAUCUUCAAUGGGGGAAAAGCCCCCCUGCAAGGCCUGGACCCUCAGCAGAAGCUGAUGUUCUAUGAAAACCAUGAGCAGCUGCCUUCUCCUAAGUGGACAGAACUGGCUGAUCUGAUUGGUCGAUGCAUGGAGUAUGAUCCUGCACUGCGUCCCUCAAGUCGUGGGAUCAUCCGCCAGCUCAACAGUCUUAUUACCUCAGAUUAUGAGCUGUUAGAUCCAGGGCUCAGUGCACAUGCAGACAAGGACAGCUUCUUGAGAACAUUUAACCUUUCCUACCAGCAGGAGCCAUCACUGUAUGAGGAACGACAUCUGCGCUACAUUAACCUCCUUGGGAAGGGUAACUUUGGCAGUGUGGAGUUGUGCCGUUAUGAUCCCCUGGGGGACAAUACUGGAGAGCUGGUUGCUGUGAAGAAGCUCCAGCCUAAUAAACAGUCGAACAUGGCAGAAUUUCAGCGGGAGAUCCACACCAUCAGCUCCCUACACUGUGAAAACAUUGUCAAGUACCUUGGUGUCUGCUACAGCAUGGGUCGUCUGAAUAUGAGUUUGGUGAUGGAGUACUUGCCAAAUGGCAGUUUGGUUUCCUAUUUGGAGAAAAACCGACAAAAUGUUAAUAGCAAGCGGUUGCUACUCUUUGCAUCCCAGAUCUGCAAAGGAAUGGAGUACCUACAGAGCAUGCGCUAUGUCCACCGAGAUCUGGCUGCUAGGAAUAUUCUGGUGGCAAGUGAGACACUAGUAAAAAUUGCAGACUUUGGACUUACUAAGAUAAUUCCCUUUGACAAAGAAUACUACCGGGUGACACAUCCAGGAGAAAGUCCCAUAUUCUGGUAUGCUCCUGAGUCAAUCACUGAGUUCAAGUUCUCACACAAGUCUGACGUGUGGAGCUUUGGAAUUGUCCUACAUGAGCUCUUUUCCUAUUGUGAGCAUAAACAAAACCCAAAAAAGCUCUGCCUUCAGAUGAUUGGAAAUGAUAUGCAGAGCCCCUCUAUUGCAAUGCACCUUGUUAAUAUACUUAAGGAGAAUUGGAGAUUACCAGCUCCCCUGCACUGUCCACCAAGAGUGUAUGCCAUGAUGUUGAACUGCUGGGCCUAUAACUCUGAAGACAGACCAUCUUUCUCCAGCCUGGGAGAACAAAUUAAGACCUAUAUCCAGGACGACAGAGAGUGUCUCAAAGGUUGAAUGUCAGCUUGAUGACAAGAUGAAAACCUGUCCUCAGCCAACCCUAGUUGUAAAAUAAGUUUAACUAUUUCAGCAUAUUUCAACAUUCAACCUUAAGAAGUAUUUAAUA